GAAAUCAAGAAGCUGCUGAGGGAGUUCAAGCUGCUCGACGUCGAUGGUGUCGGGCUCACACGCGAGCAGGCGCUCGAGUUGCCCCAGCUGAAGCACAACCCACUCAGCUCGCGCAUGGUGGAGGUGCUAUUGGACCAGGUGCCGAGCGACCGCAUGUCCUUUCGAGACUUUGUUCUCAGCCUGGCCGUUUUUGCGCCGGACGAGCGGCGCGAGGCGAAGCUCAAGUUCGCGUUCAAGGUCUACGACCUCGACAAUGACAACGUCCUCGGGCGGGGCGACUUGGUGGGGCUGCUGCGCGCGCUCACGCCAGUCGGUGGCUCGAGGCAGGUCAUGAAGCCAGAUGAGCUGGACACGGUCGUGGACAAUGUUCUCGAGGAGGCAGAUCAGGAUGGAGAUGGUGCCAUUAGCUACGAAGAGUUCCAAAAGGCGGUUGACGGCAGCGACUUUCACUCCAAGCUUUCACUCGACAUGCUCUGA